AUGUUUUGCCAUUUAGAUGUGACCGAUGCGUAUACUCAUCUUCCGAUCGACGGACAGUUUAGUCAUGCACUAACGCUGAACACGGCAACGCACGGGCUCAUUCGUCCAACUCGGGCGGUAUACGGAGCGGCAAACAUUUCAGCUAUUUGGCAGCGCCGCAUGGAGUCGGUCCUUCAAGGAUUGGACGAUGUAGUCGUCAGUUUCUACGAUGACAUAAUCGUGUUCGCUAAGGACUUCGACAGCCUUCUUCAAGCACUAACAGUCACCUUGGAUAGAUUGAGGCUAAAUGGACUACGUCUAAAUCGAUCGAAAUGCGUAUUCGCAGCAUCAUCUCUCGAAUGCCUGGGCCACAGAAUUGAUCGCCACGGAUUACACAAAUCAAAUCACCCGCCAAACUCUUCCUGGGACGCAAUAUUCGAACUCGGCUAG